UUCAUACAAGAAUCAAGUCAAAAUAAAUUGCACAGCAAACAAGUAUACAACUGAUUGCGCGUGUUGACUUAUAUAAAAUAAAAUUAGUCAAAUACAAAUAAUUCUUGCAGAGUUCUUGAGUCGUGCGGUUGUCGAUUUUACUUUCGUACAACUGUGUGCAAGUGUUUAAAUCUACAUAUUCAAAGUUGUUAACAAGUUGUGUCGAUACAACAAAAUAAAAUCUAUUUGCAUGUAGCAAGCGUGUAGAAAAAUUAUAAAUUUAGAAAAAAAAAUUACACACCAUAAAAGAGCAAAAAUCGAUUUUAUAACAUAAGAAAAAAAAUAUAUAUUUUAUAAAAGGGCAAAAAAAUCAAUUACUUACUGUGCAAAGCGACGGUCAUACUUGGCGAGAUAGAAAAGAAAGCGGAUAAAAAUGAGUGAAGAAGUGAACAAUCAACACAAUGGCACAAGCAACAACGCCCAGUUGGUGACCGGCGAAGGCCCUACCAAUAACAGCCGCCAAAGUCAAGAUCAGCAGCAACAAACAACCGAACAACCUACGGUAGAGAAGAAAGAGGUGCGAGUCUGGUGUGAUGGAUGCUAUGACAUGGUACAUUUCGGUCAUGCCAAUUCCCUGCGACAAGCCAAAGCACUUGGUGAUAAAGUCAUUGUUGGCAUACAUACCGAUGAGGAGAUCACAAAACACAAAGGUCCGCCUGUAUUUACGGAAGAGGAACGUGUGAAAAUGGUCAAGGGCAUUAAAUGGGUGGAUGAGGUGGUGCUUGGUGCGCCCUAUGUGACCACGCUCGAGGUGCUCGAUGAAUAUAACUGUGAUUUUUGUGUGCAUGGCGAUGACAUCACAAUGACUGCUGAAGGCGUGGAUACGUAUCACCUUGUGAAGUCUGCCAAUCGUUACAAAGAAGUACGCCGCACUGCUGGCGUUUCAACAACAGAUUUGGUUGGUCGCAUGUUGUUAUUGACGCGCAAUCAUUUCCAUCAAGGCUCCGCCGAAUAUGCCAUUGAGAAAGAAGACUUAAUUACAAAAGUACAAAAAAUGAAAUUAUCAUCAGGUUCAUCAAAUAUGGGACAAGACUCAGCAGCGAAGAGCCCAUGGACGGGUUGCAGUCAAUUUCUGCCGACCACACAGAAGAUCAUACAAUUCAGUGAUGGCAAAGCGCCAAAGCCAAAUGACAAAAUUGUUUACGUGGCUGGCGCUUUUGACCUCUUUCAUGUGGGACACCUCGAUUUCCUGGAGAAGGCCAAGGAGCUGGGUGAUUACCUGAUUGUGGGACUACAUACAGAUCCUGUGGUGAAUUCGUAUAAGGGCAGCAACUAUCCGAUUAUGAAUUUGCAUGAACGUGUCUUAAGUGUGCUGGCGUGUAAGUACGUCAACGAAGUGGUCAUCGGCGCGCCCUACUGUGUAACCGAAGAUCUGCUCGAUCAUUUUAAAAUCGAUGUCGUUUGCCACGGUCAGACACCAAUCGCAUUGGAGAAUGGCAAAAUCGAUCCAUAUGCUGUACCAAAGACACGCGGCAUCUUCACGCUCAUCGAUUCACAAAACUCAAUGACAACCGAAUUAAUUGUUGAACGUAUUAUUUCACAUCGACUCGAAUAUGAGCGACGCAACAAAGCCAAAGAGAAGAAAGAGUGUGAGGCAUUCGAGGCGCUGCAGCGUGCUAAGCAAACACAAAAAGCUGGUUAGGAUUAGGCAAGUGAACCGACGAGUCCGGCAUGCGCAAAAAACGUAAAGCAGGAAGAACGUUGCGCGCUUUUAUAGGCCAGGCUGUAGUAGUUAGAGGGAAAAAUGUGUAAGCAGAGCGUAGUGGCAAGCGCUGGACUCGUGCGGUUCUACUAUCAAUAUAUAUAUAUAUAUAUAUAUAAAUAUAUAUAUAUAUAUAUAUACAUAUAUAUAUAUAUAUAUAUAUAUAUGUAUGUAUAUAUAAAGAGUACAUCUAUGCUGUAGUGCUGUUACCUACAACAAUUUUUUUAUUUGUUGAAGACACAUAUACAUACAUAUAUACAAUUUUUUUUUAGACUUAUAUUGUAGUUUAUUUUUUGAAAAUUAUGUUCAUAUUUCUCACAUAAUAUUACUGUGAACACUGUUUUGUAUAUAUAUAUAUAUAUAUAUAUAUGUACAUAUGUAUGCUUGCGAAUAUAUGUACAUUACUCGUACAAAUUGUGGCAGUGAUGUUUGCAGUUCAAUAAGCGUACAGAAUUAUUUUUUUUAUUGUAAAUUUUCACUAAGCAAAGAUAUUACGUUUGAGUUGGUUGAGAAAAUGAGAAAAUACAUACUACACAUUUACUUACAUGAAUAAGCAGCACACAUUUGCAGUUAUACAAUAAUUAUGCAAUAUUGAGUUUAUAUUUGUAUGAACGUAUGUAUGUACGCGCAUAUUUUCUACUUAGUUUCUGUCGUUAAUGUAAAUACAAAAAAAAAAAAAA